UGCUAUCUGUGACGGUUGCCACCCGUUCUCUGAGUAUAUAAGGGUCAGCUGCGUUCGGAGGUACUGUAUCGCUCAAGCAUCUGCCCCAGCAUGAAGUACACGACCGCUUGUUUCGUCGUUCUGUUUGCCGUUGUGUGUGGUGCCGACCGGGUGCCUUGCGGUUACCGACUGCAAGAUGGAGAGGAAGUCCGCUUCAAGCUGGCGGUGUGGACCUCUGCAGGCGGGAUAUCCGUGGCCGUGUGCGGCCAGGGCCGCACGUGCUCUUCGGUGUCUGUGCUGGGCGUGGCGCAUGGCAGGAUGGGGAAGCGCUGGAACGGCACGCUACUCACCAACACUGCCUCCAAAAUCGACAGUAUUGACACAAAAGUGCCUGGAAUAUACGGUUGGCGAACGGGCGACGAAGUCGUUUUCGUUGCACGACGCGACCACCUCCAGUUUGCAGUUUGGGUUGAUGGGUUUCCAGAAGAGCAGGCCACAGUCACUCUCCAGCCCGGAGAGGACGAGCUCAAAUUUGUAUCCUUUAUAGGCCCAGUCACCUUGUUCGGCGUUCCAGAUCGCAUAACAGAGGGUUACCCGAUGCAAGUAGGCGAGCAAGUGUCUAUAUUUGUCAAUGUCACGGAAGGUUUGUUGAGUCAAGCAAGAAUUGGUGUGAGCGGUGCUGAGAAGAUCACCCAAGUCAUGAUUUACGGGUUGAACGAAAAAAAUCCUGGUUACAUUGCUGGUACAGUGCGGUACAAUUCCCCCGACAACAUGUGGACCCACAUAAUCGAAGAGGUCUCAGAGCCUUCUCGCUUUCUGCCGGUUACCUCGUACUGGUUCGAGAUCAAAAGACAGUCGGAGUUCAUGUUCGACGUGUGGGCGAGGGACCUCCCGGAAUGGAAGAUUCAGCUCCCCUCUACAGACUCGGAACUCAAAGUGAUGAUUCUCAUGGACGACCCGAUUUUUGGUCCCAGGACAAGGCAGUCCGCCAGCGUCGCAUUGUUCUCAGGCAACUGAAAAGUGUGCACAGAAAAACUCUAUGGAGUAUCGCUCUGUUAUACGAGGAAAAUGGAAGCGUUGAAAAAUCUGCGGAAUGAUACGAAAAAUGAUCCGAAAUCCUUCAUGUGACGAAUCAGCCCCAAAAUGCAGACACGUCGUAGAUGUUUAAGAGUGUAGCGAUUCAUGCCGCGAUGUCAUUGUUUCACAAUAAAAGUAAAUUACCAGUA